UCCACACUUGGGCAUACGGGCUUGCAACAUCUCAGAUCUUCCCUCCUCACCCUCCCUUUCCUGCCUCUCCUCUGAGGCUGUUAAAUGUCCAGGAGUAGCCAAGGACUUCCCCAUUCUUUUCCAAGCACAAGGGAGCUUCGCUGCUUUCUCCCUGAAGCUGCAGCCCCACUCAGCAACCAAGGAGGAAAGGGAAAGAAGCGAACACACACCGAAGGCUGGCUGUGCGAGGUAACUUCCUAAAGUUCCAUUAUGGAGAAAAACAACACAAGGUUUCCACUUUCCUCAGAAUUACCUAGCAAGAAGGAGACGGUGUGCAUUUUUGGCACAGGUGAUUUUGGAAGAUCUCUAGGAUACAGAAUGAUGCAGUGCGGCUAUUCUGUUGUAUUUGGAAGCCGAAGUGGCCAGGCCUCUGGACUGAUCCCUCAAGGAGCCUCGGUGCUAACUCAUGCAGAGGCUGCAGAAACAUCUGACAUCGUCAUUAUAGCUGUCCACAGAGUGCAUUACAUCUUUCUUGAGAGCUUAAGGGACAUUCUUCGUGGGAAAGUGCUGGUGGAUGUGAGCAACAACCUCAAGAUAAACGAGUACCCAGAAUCAAAUGCUGAAUAUCUUGCCCGGAUGUUGCCCGGCAGUAAAGUGGUGAAGGCAUUUAACACAGUGUCAGCAUGGGCUCUGCAGGCUGGUGGCUUGGAUGCAAGCAGACAGGUGUUUAUCUGUGGAGAUGACAGCAAGUCAAAAGAAAAGGUGAUGGAUAUUGUCCGAAGUCUGGGCCUUACUCCAUUGGAUAAGGGAUCUCUCUUGGCAGCAAAAGAAAUUGAAAAUUACCCUUUGCAGCUUUUUCCAAUGUGGAGAUACCCUAUUUAUCUCUCUCUUGUUCUCAGUGCAUUCAUCUUUUUCUAUAGUAUAAUCCGUGAUGUGGUCUACAAUUAUGUUGAGAAAGGCAGAGAUGUUUCCUAUUUUAUUCUUGUUUCCAUCCCAAACCGGGUCUGCCCAAUUGUGGCACUCAUCCUUCUUGGUUUGGUUUAUUUGCCUGGGAUCUUUGCCGCUCUUCUCCAGUUAUACAGAGGUACAAAAUACAGUCGUUUCCCAAAUUGGUUAGACAAGUGGAUGCUGUGCAGAAAACAACUUGGCUUGGUAGCCUUAGCUUAUGCUUUCCUACAUGUUUUGUACACACUCAUCAUCCCUAUCCGGUACUACGUAAGAUGGAGGUGGAACUCUUUUCUCCUUUCCCAGGUAUUUAACAACAAAACUGAUCCAUUUCUGACUGGUACCAGCUGGCAUAGUGAUGCUUAUCUUUCUUUGGGUAUCUUGGGGUUCUUCUUCUUUGUUGUCCUAGGAAUAACCUCCUUGCCCUCUGUCAGUAACAGCGUCAACUGGAGAGAGUUUCGUUUUGUACAGUCUUAUCUGGGCUACCUGACAUUGGUUUUGUGCACUGCCCACACGUUGGGCUAUGGUGGGAAGAGGUUCCUGAACAGUGGCUCCUACCCCUGGUUCCUUCCUUCUGUUUACAUGUACUCCCUCAUCAUCCCUUGUAUUGUGUUAGUCAUUAAGUUUUUCCUAAUAUUUCCAUGUAUAGAUAGACCACUAACCAAAAUUCGACAGGGCUGGGAGAGGAAACCCAAACCCCAAUCAACUGGAGUCUCAUCAUCAGUAUAAUUGCUUAAGAAAUAGACAAAAUGAAUUCUCUAUUUUCAAUAGUAAGAUAUGGCCAGAGAAUAAGCACCUAAGUGGGGGAUUCCAUGCCCUCCACCUUCAAUGCAUGAGCUCCCAAACAUUAAGGAUUGUAUGUACCCGGUCCAAGAAGCAUCCACUGCCCUGUGCCCUGCACUUAUCCAGACAGCCGUUUUUCUGUUGCAUGAUGUGCAGUCUCCUCCCCUUCCCAUGUUUGAGCACUUACGGCUUUCUGAUGUAUUAUCAUAUCUCACCAGAUGCUUGUGGUCUAUUUCUUCCCUUCUCACACCAGAGGAUUCCCCUUUUUAUCUUCCAGGGAUGAUUUAACCCCAGCUGGAUACUUCCCAGCUCCUGUCAGCUUCCCCCCAUGCUCUGUCAGCUUUUUAAUGUUGUGUGUCAGCAGACUGGUUCCAUUUUGUUUCAAGUGGAGCAUGUCCCUCCUGUAGAGUUCCAGCUUGUCCCAAAAUGUUCCCCAGAUGUGAACCCUCCCCUCUACACCAAUGCUUCAUCCAUGCAUUGAGUUUCCUCGGCUGUUCUGCACAUGGACCUGUGCAAAAUUUGGUUUCUGGGCCUCAGAACUACAUUUCCACAUGUCAUUGCUACCAACAUGGAGCACAACCACUGGCUCCAACUCCACACUCUCUGCAGGUCCUGAGAUUCCAAAUAACCCUUACCCUUACCCUACCCCAAGCAUUGGCACGGGAAGAACAGUGGCUGCUUAUACAACGUCACAGAAGCAACCUCAAAGAAGGGGGCUAAGUAGCAGGAACAGGAGGAGACCAGCACUGCCAAGAUAAGAUGUGUCCUGCUCAUGCCUCACUUCCUUUCUUCAUACUCCAAAAGUUAGAGUUAGAGAGGCGCAGCACAGAGGUGAUCUUCAAUCUCUGUACUCCUCCCACUGUACAGAGGGUGCUCCUAAUCCUUUGAGUUUGGAGACUUUGGGCAUCCCCACAGAAUGGAUUCUUCUCAUCCUCUUACAAGCUUAAUCAGUAAUAGGCAGGGUGGAUGAAAAUCAAUGAUUUAAAAAAUAAAUAAAUUAAAAAAUGGAUUUUUAUUUGAAUUGGAUUUUUAAAAAUAAAAUGCUUUUUGAGGAAAAAAUCUAUCUAAAGAUAGUUUUCUAUCUUUAUAGUUCAGGGUUCCUCAUCAUGAAAUAAGGUUUAGUUUUUAAUUAUGUAGCACAACACUGUAUAUUCAUGAAAUGUUUUUGGUAAACAAAUUCCAUUAAUUCAUUCACAAUGUCAUGUUCUUCCAGAGGUCUGUGGAAGAUUUUUGGCAUUUUUCUUUCUAGAAGAUACUUUCACAGAUGCUUGGUCUUACAGUCCUGUGUCUGCAGAUAUCAAGUGCCUCAUCUUCACAGCAAAAAUGUUAUGAAAUUUACAUGCAGAGUGAGGAAAAUGCCUUAAUCCCAUUGUUCCUUUACAAAUCUAUAUACACAGAAUCAACCCCUUGCCUCUUAAGUGCUAAGUUUCAAAACAUUCAAUGAAUAGAAGAAGCUUGUUGGGAGUGGAAUAGACCUGCACAAGGAGCUCAGUGUGAGGAGGGAGGGGCAAGCAGUAAAAAGGAAAUGGAAACCUUUUGAGCAGAAUAGCCCACAAGUCUUCGGAUGUUUUUGUGCAUAGCCUGAGGUUUAUCCUAUUUUUUUUUCCAUGGAGGAGAAAACCUAUAAUGUUAGAAGGCCAUAAAAGAAACCUGCUUCAGGAAUAUUUUAUUGAAGUUCCUCUAACUAUGGGUAAGGUGGGCAGGUGAACAUGACUAAACAUAUCCAUCCUGGUGAUAGGCAAAUAGUUUGCUCCUGGGAUACAGGACGGCUGAUAGCUUUAUAUUAAUGUACUCUGCCAUAUUUGAUAAAAUGUUUACCUUUUACUUUUGAAGCAUAAAUCUCUAUGUAAAUUGUACAUCACCAUUUAUACAGUUUAUAUUUUAAUUACAAUAAAUAAAAUGUUUUAAGAACAAA